AUGAGAUCGACCUCGACGAUAAAACAAUUCGAACCUAAUUACGUAAUCUCAUUACAGUAUUCGAAACAAAAUGUGUCAAAUUUCGUCACAGCUUUGGGCUCCAAAGGAUUAAGGGCCAUUUCAAGACCUUCGUUAAACCCAUCAAACGUUUAUAUAUUGACCAAGAUAAAUCAAUUGAACGGCCCAGAUUUGUUUGAAAUUACAACUCAAUUCUCUAAUAUAAUUAAUUCGGUGACUCCAAUUGAAAAUAAUGAAGAUAAAAAGAAAUUGAAUUUCUUGAUAUCCAAGAAAUUACUUUCGAUCAAGAAUAUUUUCACAUUAGUUGAUGAUAAAGAUUUGGUUGAAUUGUUUCAAUUGACACAGAAUCCAAACUUGGCAUUUUAUUUCACUUUCUUCAAGACUUAUAUCUCUUGGAUGGUUCCCUUAGCCGUAUUCGGUAUUAUUUGUAGGCUAGUGGCUCGACCUUUUGAAUUUAAUUACAUAUAUGUGUUGGUACUAGUCUCUUGGACUUUAUUAUUCACUUCAAAUUGGAUCUUUAACGUGAAACCAACUCAUAUGGAAAAAUUUGGUAAUUUCACAUUGAAAUCAAAUAUUAGUUCAACAAAGACUCCAGUAAGUGUUAUUGUUAAAAAAGUGGCAUUUGUGCCAGUUGCCUUAGGGUUUGCUGCAGUUUUAUUGGGAUUCCAAUUCUUUUGCUUUUUCUUGGAAAUUUUUAUUACUCAGUUAUAUUCAGGUCCAUUGGUUUCAAUUUUAGCUUUACUUCCAACAAUUCUCUUAUCAGUUUUUGUCCCAGUCUUGACUAUUAUCUAUAAUAUUUUUGUUAAUAAAUUUGUCAAUUGGGAAAAUGGUCCAAAUCCAAGCAAUUCAAAAGUGGAAAAAAAUUUGGUUUUAACUUUCAUGACAAGUUAUGUCCCAUUAUUGAUCACUUUAUUCUUUUAUUUACCAUUUGGUCAUUAUUUCGAUUCCAAUUCUAAAUCAUUGGUACAAAAUACCAUGUUUUCUUAUAAUUUAAACAUACCAGUUAUUGAAAAUGAUUUCAAGAUUAAUAUUGACCGUUUUAGAUCCCAAUUCUUUUAUUUUGUUGUGACAAAUCAAAUUAUCCAAUUGUUAAUGAAUAAUUGUUUACCAGGUGUCUUGGCUACUGUUUUACCAAAAAUAUUAUCCAAAAAGGAUACGAAGGAAGUUAAAUUACAAAAGGAAAAUGUUAAUUAUAUCAUGAAGACUCAAUAUUCAAAUGAUUUUUUGACUUGGGAAAAUUUUAGUAAAUUUGAAUCUUCCAAUUGGGGGGAAUUCGAUAUUGAUGAAAAUUAUAAAAAAAUCUUUAUGCAAUUUGGCUAUUUAACAAUGUUCUCAAUCAUUUGGCCAUUAGCUCCAGUUAUUUUCUUAUUGUUUAACCUAUUGAAUAUUAGAUUGGAUAUUUGGAGAGCAUUUAAAAAAUGUAAGCCAACUUCCACCUUGGAAUAUUCUUUAAUAAAAUCUUCAAUUCCAUUAACAACAAAACCUGAAAUUAGUUUAUGGGAUAUCGUUUUAGAAAUUCAAACUUGGAUUGGUAUUAUUACCUCGGUAACUAUCACUUAUAUGUACAGAAAUUGUAAAUUGCCAAACGUUGGUUUAACGAAUCCAUUAGAAAAGCGUGAUAUAUGGUAUAAGGAAUCUCCAAUGAGUCAUUCAUGGACCUCUGUUUUAUUAGUAGCUGUUGGUGCUGAACAUUUGGCAUUUUUAGCUUAUUAUUUAUUAGCCACUGCUACUUUCUCUUCUCAAUCAAGAAAUUCUUUGAAGAAAAGAGAUCAAGUUACUCCAAGAGAUAUUUCAACUGUAAAUGAAAAGGAACUUGUUACUACCGGUGAUGAUCAUCAAAGAAAGGAGCCAGUUGAAAACCUGGAUUUAUCAGAUGUUAUUAAGGAAACUAUUAAAACCAUGAAUAGUAUCUUACCAGGUUCUUCCAAUUCAAAUGAUGAUUCCAUGGAGAGUUCAAUCGACGAUGAAAGUUAUGCUGAAUACGAAAAUCAGAAGUCUCAAAGACAACAACAAAAAUUGAAUACCAAUAUUGCUAAGGAUAUUAAUUCCGCUACAAACGAUGUUAUAAAUUCAAUUCAAAAUGAAGGUUACGAAAGAACUAAUGUCAACGAAGGUGAACCAUUAAUAGCCACCAAUGCAUUAGGAAAUAGCAAUGUUUUGAAUGACAGACAACAAUCGAACUCUAGAGCAAGAGAUGACUCUGUGGCCACUGGUAUCAAAAACUAUCCUUACUCUCAAUUUAAUUCGAAAAAUGAUAAACAAGCGCAAGAAAAAUCUUCAAAACAUAGAUCAUCAACUAAUCGUAGCAUCAAUAGUAAUACUAACAAUCAAACUAGAAAUGAUACGGUUUCUACUAAUGCCUCCUCAACUUCUUCUCUAGCUGCCGGUGCCACUGUUCCUGAAACCAUCCCAACUUCAAAAAAUUAUCACUUAAGAUAUGAUAAGUUUGGUAACCCUAUCUCAGCUCCAACUUCUACUUCUUCAGUUCUAGCAGUUCCAAAAGAAACCUCUUCUCAUCCUUUGUCUACUGUCCAUAAUGCUAAUGAUAUUGUUUCUGAGGCUACCCAACUUGCAGAUCAGACAUCAAGAGAAAUUAAAGAGCAAAUAGAUGAUAUUUCAAGUCACAAGAAGCCUACCACCCCAACUACACCAAUGAAAUCGACUCCAAAGACAACUGCUAAUUCUACUCCAAAAAGUAAAGCUUCCACUCAAGCUGGUUCAAAACGUUCUACAACUACAAAGCAUUCCAAUGGAAAGCAUUCUUCAACUAAGCAUAGCUCUAAGGAAGAGCCAAAGAAGAAAAAAGGUUUGUUUGGCUCUUUAAAGAAGAAGUUGUGA